AUGCCUCCAAUGUAUAGAAAUCCGGAUUGGACGGAGUUCAACGGCGAGCCAUAUUGGCUUCCUUACGGCCCCCCGAACCCGAAUUACGUUGCCCCAAACCAGCCCAACAUGGCGCGUCCUACUCCGGGCACUCAGCCUCACCAGACGCCACAUGAUGGCAUGACGCCCACCACGAGGGGUCCAGUCAACCCUCACGUCCCCUCCAACGCUGGCAUUCCGUCCAGCGAUGGCAUCCCGUCCAAUAGUCGCGGCUUGCCGAAUAUUCGCGUCCCUACCAACACUGUCCGUUCUCGCAGUAACGCCGUCCCGCCCAAUGUUGGUGUCCCAAUGAACACUGGCGGCCCCUCCGACACUGGCAUGCCAAACAAUACUGGUGCCGCCCAGGGCAGAAUCAGCGGCCCAAACAUGUCUAGCGGCCCGGCCAAUACUCGUGUCUUCGCGGAUAGCCAACGGCAGCACAUUCAAGGACAGUCUUCCGCCCAACAGCCUGCGGCACCUUCUCAGAUGAGAGCACAGACAGGACGUCGUGACGGACGUCCUGUCAAUGGUGGUGCGGCUCCCAGGCCAGUGAAUGACGAAUCCCAAAUCCGAGCAGACAUAGCCGAGGUGAAGGCACUACGCAAUUCAAACCGGACCGGCUCCGGACUCAUCAAGAGCUUCGAGCACCAGGAGCGUCUCGAGAGAGCCGAGAGACGGAUGCUCAGGAGAGGGGGACCCGAUCUGUCUGGCGACAUGCCCCAGGACGAUGCUGGUCGAGGGGUUCUUGUGGAUCGCCUUUGUGCCGCCAUCACGAACCUCGAGGGUAUCGAGAGCCGUAGGGAGCGCGUCAAUCCGUCAAAGAAUGGCGAUUCGAAGAAGAUGGACAGCGCGGCAGUCAGAUGCGUCAAGGAGAAGACGACCUACGAUGUUGCGAACCUGGCGUGGAAGUUCGUUCGGAAGAAGGAGAACGAGGGCAUCAACGAGGCCAAGUGCAAGGUCCUUGCUGAGGCGAGACGGAAGAGGAAGGCUGAUCCCAACGCUGAUGACUCUGGAAAGAAGCGUGGCUCGAGGACAGCAAAACGCGCGAGGCACUCUCUGUCCCCGGAAAUGGAGUCAACAGAGGAUCAGCCUCAAGCCCAAUUGGAUUACCCACAGGGAGUUCAGCAGAAUCGUGGUCAGCACGCGGCUCAGGAUCAGGCUCUAUCUGCCAUUCAGGACGCAGCAGCUCAAGCUCAGGAAUUCCAGCAGCAGCAGGGCCACCAGCAGAAACAAUCUCGGGGCCAGCCUCAGAUGGUCCAGCAGUACCAGCAGUACCAGCAGCACGUCAACCCUACGCAGGGCUUUGUCAACCCUCAGCAGGGCUUUGUCAACCACCCGCAGUACGGUCGCCCUCAGCAGCAUGGAAACGCUCAACAGCAAUUUGGAAACCACCAGCAGCAUGCAAACCCUCGGCAGCAUGCAAAUUCCCAGCGGGGCAGCAACCGUCAGCAAUUUGAGACCCAUCUGCGGAUCCAGAACCGAGCGCAGUCUGAGGGCCCUGAACGGUAUGGUAAUCCUCAGCAGCUUGGAAACCAUGCCCAGCAGUUCGGCAACCCUCAGCAGACUGUGGACUUCCAGAGCUUUGAGCAAGAUCAGCAGCAUGGAAGCUCGCAGCAACAUGAAUCCUCCCAGCAGCUUAACCACACUCAGCAGCUGAACCAAACUCAGCAGCUGAACCAAACUCAGCAGCUGAACCACACUCAGCAGGUCGACAGCGCUCAGCAGCCUGGAACCCCUCAGGAGCAAGGCGAUGCCAGUACCGAGCGUGCAGAGCCAGCGCAGACAACGAUGUUUGAUGAGGAGUUUGAUGAGUUGUGGGGCCUGAACGCGCCUCUCACUGAUGAGGAUUAUGCGACAUUCGGCCUGGAGGAGUACAACCAGGACCAAAACGACCAGGGAAACUUCACCCUGGAGGACUGGGAGUCCUUCGGAGAGCCCAACGCCUGA